AUGGAUUCAUCCCGUUCUUAUGAUUAUACUUCCUCGCUCAAACCCAAUCAAGACAUGCCAUCGCCUGAUUCCCAAUAUGAUUCGAUGAAUCGACGACUUUCAGGCAGCAGAUCUCUGACUUCUACCACAGGAGUAAGUGGCAGCGACAACAUAAGUCCACUUUCAUCGGGGCUCGACAGCAAUAGCUCCCAGACUUCCCAGGCAGGACUUCACCUUUAUCAUCCCCAGACUAGCUGGUCUCUGCCGGGAAACUCGACUUAUACACACAGUCCGAUGAAUCACGGAGCACAAGCUGGGCUCAUGCAGCCCAACUACAACCGCUCGAUCUACACUCCCACUGGGCCUCCAGCCUAUAAUCGAAACUCGCAAUCACCAGCGACAGCAGACGGUCUCGCAACUCCAGCCUACGAAAGUGCAUCAUCUCCCUUUCCGCAGUCUAUACAAGGAGGUGGUGCAAAUCAAUCUACUUUGCUUUCACAGUCUUCUAGUCAGCAAUCCCUUCAAAGCACGAUUAUGAACUCCCACACGCCAGGGUCGCAACCUCCCACCCCUUCGACGACAUCAUCCCAAGAUGGUUACUCGCGUGCUCAGUCGGGUCCCAACUAUUAUACGACACAAAGCUCUUCGACCCACCAGUCUUCUUACCCAGCGUACCCCCCCAUGCAUCAUUCCCCACCCCAGACGUCCCCAGUGACAACAGGAUCGUACUCUAGGGGUAUCACGACACUAAGCCCACACCAACAUAACUCUCCUAUGCAAGCCCCGCAUUACCAAUCUAGGCCAUACCCAAGCUACAACCAGAUGUCCUUGGGACCAGGUGCCGUUCUAUCGAAUAUGUCAAACCCGGGUGGCCAGAUGACCAUUGUGGGUGGUAUGAACCCGAUCCAGCAGGGAUAUCCAUCGCCGCAUCUCGUCAGUCCGCAAACAAUGUACUCGCAUGGCCAACAGAAUUCACUGCCGGAUCGUCCAUUUCGGUGUGAUUUAUGUCCCACAUCAUUUAACAGGAACCACGACCUGAAGAGACACAAGAGAAUUCAUCUCGCAAUCAAACCAUUUCCAUGUAAAUUUUGCGAUAAGAGUUUUUCCAGAAAAGAUGCCUUGAAACGACAUAGACUGGUGAAGGGCUGUGGAAAUGGAAAAGAUUCGCCGAGCGAUCACAAUAGCAGAUCGCCACGGGAUGAUUCGAUCCGCGAUAUGGACGGACCCUCAGGUUCCUCACGUGAAAUUAAGCAAGAGCCCUAA